AUGUACCGCCGGAUGCAGUGGGACCAGGAACUGUCGGGCCACUACCACGAGUUCAUGUCCGAGUAUGAGAACCUCGGGCACAUGCGGCGUCUCACUGCCGAGGAGCUCACCGCACAUCAGGGACCGGCCGUCUACAUCCCGCAUCAUGGAAUCUGGCAACAUCACGAUCGAGGACGGAAACUGCGCGUCGUCUUCAACGCCUCGAGACCCACAUCCUCGGGAUACAGCCUGAACGACGCGCUGCACGCCGGGCCGAAGCUACAAGGGCACGUGACCACCGUGCUCACUAGGUGGAGGCUGCACCGUUACGCCUUUUGCGCGGACAUCCAGAUGAUGUUCCGCCAGAUCCGCGUGAGGCCAGAGGACGUCCACCUCCAGAGAGUGCUGUGGAGCCAGGACGCAGACUCCCCCGCCCACCACUACGCGCUGCAAACCGUCACUUACGGCGAGGCCUGCGCACCUUACCUGGCCCUCCGGACCAUCAGACAGCUCUGCGCCGACGAGGGCUCCCGCUUCCCACUCGCCCGAGAGGCCGCUGAGAACGACCUCUACAUGGACGACUUCCUCAGCAGUGGCCACAGUUUGGAGGCAACCCGACGCCUCAGGGACCAGCUGAUCGCGCUCCUCACGGCGGGCGGCUUCCACCUGCGGAAGUGGGUGGCCAGCGACCCCGCCUUGCUUGAGGACAUCGCCGUGGACGAUCGCCUUCGACCCAACUGGGUCCAUCUCUCGGCGGACGGACCAGUCACCGAGCUCGGAGUAGGCUGGAGCCCGACCACCGACCGAUUCCGGUUCAGGCCUCCCGCCUCGCCUCAUCCCGGGCUUCAGCUGACUAAGCGCAAGGUCCUCGCCGAGCUCUCCAGUAUCUUCGACCCGACAGGAUGGCUGGCGCCAAUCACCCUCGUAGCUAAAAUGAUCGUGCAGGAUCUGUGGAGAGCGAAGCUGAGCUGGGACGAGAUCCUCCCACAGGCGUGGCAGGACAAGUGGUCCGCAUUCCGCUCCACGAUCCUCGCGGCCACCGAGAUCGACAUCCAUCGAUGGAUCGGGCUCGCACCCGACAAGAACCUCCAGCUCCACGCGUUCGCCGACGCCAGCCGCCGCACCCUAGCCGCCGCAGUCUACUCGCGGGUCACCGACAAGGACGGAAGCGUCACCACCGCCCUACUCAACGCUCGGACCAAGCUCUCCUCCAUCAAGAGCCUCCAGUCAGCGUCAACCGGUCGCCUGCGCAUGACAAUCCCGCGACUGGAACUGCGUGCGGCUCUCAUCGCCUCGCAGCUUCUUACCACCACCGCCUCCGCCCUCAAGGUCCCGAUCUCGGCCUGCCACCUUUGGAGCGACUCUCGCGUCGCACUGCAUUGGCUGCAGUCCGACGAACCGGUGGGGAACGACCUCGUGGACAACUACAUCGCCCACGUCCAGGAAUUGAUUGCCGGAGCAGCCCUUCACCACGUGCCCACCACCGACAAUCCCGCGGACAUCGCCUCUAGGGGGGUCGGUUCGGACGCCCUCAAGGACCACCGCCUCUGGUAG